UGGAAAUAAUAUAGUGGUCGUCUUUCCCAGUUUGUGAUAAGUCGCUCUCUACCCCACAAAGUCACUCAUUUUUACUCAUUUUCUUCAACAAAAUGCACUCCAUUGGCAGACUGCAGUAUUGUUGUUUUCUCUCCUUCCCAUAAAAUAAAGAUUUUUCUUCUCCUUCUACUUCCGUUUUCAGUUUCAUUUUUUUAUCUGUCUUUCCCCUUCUUUGCUUAGUUUGAUUGUGGAUUGUUAAUUUCAUAAGAAGAAAAAGAAGAAAACGUGUAGAAAAAGGGCCUCAGGUUAUUUCUUUUGUUUGGUAGGUUUUGGGAUUCAGUAGUAGAGCUAAAAGCUGCUGGAGUUAGUUCUCUCUCUUUCUGUAUUUACUUUUAACAAUAAAAAAACAAAAUGAACUGUGGAGCAAUGAACGCAAGACCAACUCCUUCCUCUGUUUGUGGCAAUCCAUGUCUCUCAUCUUCUCGCAAUUCCAAGUUCCCUCUGCUGUUGCCGCAGACAAUCUGUACAUCUCAAACGAUGUGCUGUUCAUCUAAUCUAUCCAAGUAUAAUGUUAAUAAUAGUAAUUCAUUUGGAUGGUCAAAGCAACAGGUUACCAAGUGUAUUAGUAAUCCUUUGGGAGCUGUAGUGACUUCAAAAACUCAAAUUGUAUCCACUGCACCACCUCUUAUUGGUGAUGAGAAGAUAGGUGUUUUGUUGCUCAAUCUCGGAGGUCCUGAGACUCUUGAUGAUGUCCAGCCUUUCCUCUUUAACCUUUUCGCUGACCCGGACAUUAUACGAUUGCCAAGGUUGUUUCGUUUUCUUCAAAAGCCCUUGGCUCAAUUCAUAUCUGUUGUAAGGGCACCUAAGAGUAAAGAAGGCUAUGCUUCAAUUGGUGGUGGUUCACCAUUACGCCAGAUAACAGAUGCACAGGCUGAGGAGUUGAGGAAAUCACUUUGGGAAAAAAAUGUUCCUGCAAAGGUGUAUGUUGGUAUGCGCUACUGGCACCCAUUCACUGAAGAAGCCAUUGAGCAGAUAAAAAGAGAUGGGAUCACAAAACUUGUUGUGCUUCCGCUUUAUCCACAGUUCUCUAUAUCCACUAGUGGUUCAAGCCUUCGUCUCUUGGAGAGUAUAUUUAGGGAAGAUGAAUAUCUUGUUAAUAUGCAACACACUGUGAUACCUUCCUGGUAUCAGCGUGAAGGAUACAUAAAAGCCAUGGCAGAUUUAAUUGAAAAGGAAUUACAAAAAUUUGAUUCUCCUGAAAAGGUUGUGAUAUUUUUCAGUGCGCACGGAGUGCCACUUGCUUAUGUAGAAGAGGCCGGUGACCCAUACAAAGCUGAGAUGGAGGAAUGCGUAGAUUUGAUAAUAGAAGAGUUAGAGAAGAGAAAAAUCAGUAAUGCAUACACUCUUGCCUAUCAGAGCAGAGUAGGACCUGUAGAAUGGUUAAAGCCCUACACUGAUGACACAAUCAUUGAACUUGGAAGAAAAGGGGUGAAAAAUCUUCUGGCUGUCCCUAUUAGCUUUGUUAGUGAACAUAUUGAAACUCUAGAAGAAAUUGACGUCGAGUAUAAAGAGUUGGCUCUUAAAUCUGGUAUAGAGAAAUGGGGACGUGUUCCUGCAUUAGGAUGUGAACCAACCUUCAUUUCAGACUUGGCAGAUGCUGUGAUCGAGUCUCUUCCGUAUGUUGGAGCUAUGGCAGUUUCAAAUCUUGAAGCUCGACAGUCUUUAGUUCCACUUGGCAGUGUGGAGGAGCUGUUGGCUACCUAUGAUUCAAAACGCAGGGAGUUACCACCCCCAGUGACUGUGUGGGAAUGGGGUUGGACAAGAAGUGCUGAAACUUGGAAUGGAAGAGCAGCUAUGCUGGCAGUUCUUGUUCUAUUGGUUCUUGAAGUCACCACCGGGGAGGGGUUUUUGCACCAGUGGGGUAUAUUUCCACUAUUUCAUUGACGAAAAGCAUGUACAUAACAUACACCAAAUGUAAAUUUUGUUCCUGAAAGAUACCCCUUAUGCAUUAAAUUGUCAUACUUAGAGCAUGUAAACUAGAAUCGAGGCAUUACUGUCCAUCAUCCCAGUAUGCUGGAUUUGGGGGUUAUAGUAUAGAUACAGGCUGAAUAAUAAUAUUGUGGGUGAUGGAACGCAGAUUGUAUCAUAGAUGUUAUGUUACUUUGUUACCCUCUGGUUACAACGCAGUGUUCUCUUUUACGUG